AUGCAUGCACACACUGUCAUUUCUCUCGGUCAGAUAACAGCGCAACGUAGUUAUACAAGAUGGUUGUUUCUGUGAACAAGUCUCUGCAGUGUUCGGUUGUUGGAGACGGAUUUGUGGGGAAGUCGUGUCUUGUUGAGCGAUUUCUUGGUGGAGAAUUUAACAGCGAAUAUGUGGCCACUCUCCAAGAUGACUACAUUGCAAAGUGCAACGUUAAUGGCGACAGCUUAGAGAUGAAUAUUACGGACUUCGCUGGAGAGCAUGACGACCUUGUCUCCAUCGAAGUGCCUGAUGUCUUUGUUGUCUGCUUUAGCCUUGUUGACAAGGACUCGCUCGAAAGCGUGCUCAACUUCUGGGUUCCAAGAAUAAGAUCCGAAGAGAAGCAAACGCCCAUCGUCUUAGUCGGAACCCAGCUAGACAAGAGAAGAACACAAAGAAAGGGCCAUAUUUCUACCGAAGAAGGGCUCAGUCUCGCUCAGUCUAUCAGCGCUUCAGCCUACGUGGAAUGUUCGGCGAAAGACAACACAGGGGUGGAUGUUGCGCUUUACAGCAUCCUUCUGGCGAGCAACAAGUGUAGCAGAAGGAAAGCCAGUCUCUUCAAACGCGUUCUUGGCAGAUGAAUUGAUAAACAUUUAACUCGGGGCUUAUGGUCCUUGUGCCAUACUUUCUAACAGUCUGUAAGUAGAUUGUUACCCACUGACGGGCGCCCACAGUAGUUCUUUCCCUUGGACGUUGCUGGAUCCUGCUGGAAAACUGCAAAGAAAACGCUAUUGCCAAUAUUAACAGUUUUGUGUCAAAACAUUACAAAUCAGGACGCAAAAGGACAAACGUGUUCUUACAUCUGCAACAAAAACAAACUUUGUCAAUCUUUCAAUAACUCAGAACUCCUUUUUCCGACGAAGCAAUCAAUUUUUUGUUGUUGUAGACAUAAGACUUGUUUGAUAUAUAAAGUGUAAUGCAUAAGACUUGUUUGAUAUAUGAAGUGUAAAAUCAUGCAAUUAAAAAAAAUGAAUGAAAACUUGAA